AUGAGCGCACAAUUCAGCUUCCUUCAGGCUAAUAUCAACCAUUGCGCCGGGGCUCAGGACCUACUACUGCAGUCCAUGGCGGAGUGGGGGAUCGAUCUGGCGGUGGCCUGCGAGCCCUAUUAUGUCCCGCCCCUACCUCAUUGGGUAGGGGACUCGGAUGGUACCGUGGUGGUCCUCGCGAAAAGCGGAACGGGUCCCUCUAUCUCACUCGUUGAAAGGGGCUCGGGUUACGUAGUGGUGGGGUGGGGGGAGUACGUGGUCGUUGGAACGUACUUCUCCCCGAACCGCAGCCUGGCUGAGUUCGAGAUCUAUCUCGGCUUCGUCAGAUCUGCGGUGGCCAGGCAGUCGCCUAAACCGACAGUGGUUCUUGGAAAUAUAACUGCCCAGAAAGGAACAUUCCACAGGCCGAUACUUCAAGACGGAAAUUACAGAGUAAUGUGGCACAGAGCACUGCAGUACUGUUCUGAAAGAAAUCACUUCAUAUUCCAGUUGAGAAAUAGUAAAUGA